GCAGUAACCAAGGUUGCAACAAAAUAGAGAGUUCAAAUUCAAUGGAAUCGGAAAUGGAAAUGAAUUUAAUGGAAUUGAAAAUAGAGAUAGCUUACAAUAGGGUUUCCGGGCAGCUCCAUCGUUGGUUCCCAACAACCCCAACGGCAAUACCCAUGGCGGCAGAGACUUUGGCAAUUGCGAAACCAGAAGCAGGGGCAGAACAGAACAGUAUAGAGCAAGGACAGCAGUAUCUUCUUCUGACAAUAGCUCCUUCUCUGACGAGCUUCAAUGGUGGCAGAACAGUGAUCCUAAUGGUAGCACAGAACUCACCAACGACCCUGGCAGCGGCAGAGAUCCUUUCUUCCUCUUCUAUGUGUGUGUGUUAUGCGAUGAUGACGGCUUGGGCAGUAGUGGCGGUGUCAACCCAGCAGCAGCGACGGCAUGGCGGUUCGGCGCUGAUGGAAGCACGGCGGGGACGCAG